AUGAUGUUGGAUUAUCGCCGGACCAAGAACCUCCUGCUUACCUUGGCCUUUGCGGGGCCUAGCGGUGUGCUCGCCGACAGCUACAAGCUGGCGUAUAGUGUCCCGUUCGCACCCAAGAACACCACCAGCGUGGACCAGAGCAUAGUAUACAAUGGCACCUACUACCUCUCGGACCGCGUCAAUGGUGGGGUUCAUGUGGUUAACUUGGCCGGCGAGAAGCAAACGCAUCUUGUAUCCGGAUUCGCGGGUCUAUUCACGGCGAACGGCACCAACGAAUAUGAUAUCUCGGGGCCGAAUGGGUUGGUUGUCCUGCCGAACCGCAACGAGUUGUAUGUCGGUGACGGCGCCGGCACAGUCCGCGUCGUCGAUCUGUUCACAAACGAAAUCACGGCCAAUAUCUCGAUAGGCGUCAGUACGCGUGCCGACGAGAUGGCCUACGAUUCGAAGACUGGCAUCGUGGUCGUGACGUUGCCCAACGAGAAACCCCCGCAGGUCGCAGUCAUCUCGGCCAAAGAUCGCACCGUGACAGGGAAAGUGACCUUCCAUAAUGCGUCAGAGCUGGAGCAGCCUGCCUUCAAUGAGUUGUCCCGCAAGUUUUACGUCUCAGUGCCCAGCACCGGUACCAAUCCUGGCGGCGAGAUCGCAGGGUUGGACGUUUCGACCUUCCAGGUCACCGACAUUCUCCCGCUCAGUGAAUGCGUUCCCGCCGGCAUCGUCUUUGGAGCGGACCAGAAUCUUUUCAUCUCCUGCAGCCAGACACAGAUUGAAACGUACGACGUUGCAUUCAGUCAAGUGAUGGAUGUCUCGACGGGAAAGAUCGUGGCCAAGAUCUCCGGGGUUGCCGGCAGUGACCAGGUCGCCUACGACCCCAAUUCCAAGCUGUACUUUGCCUCCGCGUACCAGAACCAGGUCGGCGGGAAGAAGGGGGGAGCACCAAUGCCCGAGCUCGCCGUCAUUAACGCGACUAGCAACACCAUAAUGCAGACCUGGCCCACAGACAAUAAGCUCGCACACUCUGUGGCCGUGGACGCCAAGACGAACCUGGUCGUGGUGCCGCUCGUGAAAUCCGGCAUCACUGUCUACAACCUGACGACGGCUAGCUCUAGCUCUAAGCCUUUGAGCUCCUCUGGCACCGCUAGCACCACGUCAUCGACAGCUGCUGUGCACACUACCAACGCCGCUAAUCACUGGGUCCCUUCUGCGAGCUUAGUGGUUGGUGUCCUGGCACUGGCCGUUCCUUUUAUUGGAUAUUAG